AAAGGUAAAAUGUUACCUAAGUCCUUUAAUGAUGCAAAAAAAAUUAUUAAAGAUUUAGGACUCAAAUACAAAAAAUUACAUGCGUGUCCAAAUGAUUGUAUGAUCUAUUGGAGUGAGACAAAAGAUCGAACUGAUUGUAAGUUUUGCAAAACUCCAAGAUACAAACAAUUUGUAGGUGAAUCUGGUAGUUUGGAAACCUCAAAAAUUCCAGCAAAGGUGUUUAGAUACUUUCCAUUGAUACCGAGGCUUCAAAGAUUAUUUAUGUCAUCUAAAACAUUUACUGAUGUGAGAUGGCAUGCAGAAGGUCGCACUAAAGACGAGGUAAUGCGGCAUCCUGCUGAUAGUAUUGCUUGGAGAAAAUUUGAUGAAUCGCGUCAAGAUUUUUCUCAAGAUCCUCGAAAUGUUAGACCUGGAUUGGCUUCAGAUGGAUUUAAUCCAUUCAAGUCUAUGUCUAUCUCACAUAGCACAUGGCCAGUUGUCUUGGUUCCAUAUAACUUGCCACCAUGGUUGUGCAUGAAGCAACCAUACAUGAUAUUAUCAAUGAUUAUUGAUGACCCUCAUGGACCGGGCAAUGAUAUUGAUGUCUAUCUACGACCGUUAAUUGAUGAGUUAAAAGAAUUGUGGGUUGGUGUUGACACUUAUGAUGCAUCAAAGAAUCAUAUGUUCCAAAUGCGUGCUUCAUUACUUUAGACAGUCAGUGAUUUUCCAGCACUAGGUAACUUAUCAGGAUAUGGUGUGAAAACCAGAUAUGCUUGUCCAUGUUGUCUGACCAAGACUAAAUUUCUGAGAUUGAAAUAUGGGCGAAAAUAUUGUUUCAUGUCGCACAUGCGAUGGUUACCCCAUGGGCACAAGUUUCAAAAAGAUAAAGUUUUGUUUGAUGGUUUUAAGGAGUUAGAGGCAGCACCUAAAUGUUUGUCAGGUAUUGAAGUUCUUAAGCAAUUGAAAGGUAUUAAAAAUAAAUUCGGAAAAUGUCCAUCGACCAAAUCCCAGAAAAGAAAAUGUAAGAAUUCUGAUCAUGUUGAUGAUGCCAUGUUGCAAUAUUUAUGGAAGAAAAAGAGCAUAUUUUUUUAGUUAGACUACUGGAAAGAUAAUAUGAUUCGUCAUAAUCUUGACACAAUGCAUAUUAAAAAGAAUGUAUUUGACAAUAUAUUUUGGACAUUACUAAAUGUUGACCGGAAAGGAAAAGACAAUCUGAAUUCUCGUUUGGAUUUACAAGAGAUGGGGAUUCGAAAGGCGUUGCACCCUAAAAAAAGAGCUAAUGGCAAAUACUAUCUACCUCCGGCAUGUUUCACCUUGAGCAAUGCACAAAAAGAUAUGCUCUUACAAGUUUUAAGAGAUGUGAAAGUACCAAAUGGAUAUGCUUCAAAUAUAUCACGUUGUGUUGAUCUUAAUCAACGCACUGUGCAUGGAUUGAAGAGUCAUGACUGCCAUAUUUUAAUGUAACAACUCCUUCCUAUUGCUUUGCGAGGCCUCCUUCCCAUGAAUGUCCUUAAGCCAAUUAUCGAAUUAAGUAACUUUUUUAGGGGCAUUUGUUCAACAGUUAUGAAUAUAUGUGAAUUAGAAAAGCUCCAAGAUCGAGUUGCAAUAACUCUUUGUCAUCUGGAGAGAAUAUUUCCUCUAUAUUUUUUUGAUAUCAUGGAACAUCUAGUCAUCCAUUUAGCUGAAGAGGCAAAGAUUGGUGGACCUCCACAAUACCGUUCGAUGUGGGCAUUUGAAAGAAGCCAUCCAGAAGGUUCAAUUGAAGAGGGAUAUUGGAUAGAAGAGUGCAUGACAUUCUGCUCAAGAUAUUUACAUGAUGUGGAGACAAAGUUAAAUCGACCUUUAAGAAAUUAUGGUUUGUAUAAUGAGAUUCCAAAUCAAGAGGGUCGUCAGUCAACUAAAAUUGACGGGUUUAUGCUUGAUGACAUUACCCAUGCCCAAGCACAUAGAUAUGUUUUAUUUAAUUCUGCUACCAUAACUCCAUAUCGCGAGUUGAGAAGAUACAUAUGGCAGGUGAGCAAAUACCAGAAGAAAUUCAAAAUCUAGCUAUUGGCCCAUCAAAGCAAGCAAAAAGGAUGAGCGGAUACAUAAGUAAUGGAGUUAGAUACCUAACAAAGUCUCGUGAUGCAAAGCUAAAAACACAAAAUAGUGGAGUUAUGGUAAAGGCUGCCACUCAGAGCUAUGCAAGCGCAAGAGACAGAAAUCCCAUAUUAGCAGAAGUCACCUUUUAUGGAAUUCUCACGGACAUAAUUGAGUUGUAUUAUACCGCAAACCUCAAGUUUAUUCUAUUUAGAUGUGAAUGGGUGGACAAUAACAAUGGGCUUAUUGUGGAAGAUGAUUACGGAUUUACUCUUGUUAAUUUUUCUCAUCUACUCUAGAAAAGGCAGCACCCAUCAAAUGAACCUUUGAUCUUUGCUUCUCAAGCUCAACAUGUGUUUUAUGUCCAUCAUCCAAUGGCAAAAGAAUGGCAGAUUAUAGUUGAAAUUAAACCAAGAGGUUUUUAUAAUUUAGGUAAAAACAAACCAGCAAAUGAGCAUAUGGAAGAGCACAUGAAAUUGUGGCCAGAACAACAGCUGGAUGAUACUAUAUUUGAAAAUGAAGAGGAUAUUGAAUGGGUUAGAGAAGGUGUGCUGGGAAUAGAAAUUGACCCACUUACUUUGGAAAGUAAUGAGACAUAUGAUGAAGAAGACGACAUAUCUUAGUUACUUUUAUUAUUUGUCAUUAUUUUAGUAAAGAUUGUUAUUGAACAUAUAUAGAUCAUCGUGUUGGGGAUUUCUUACUAUGCGUUUUAGUUGUUUAAAUUUCAUAUGUGCAUGUGUCUUUUUGUUUGGCUUGUUAGUUUGAUAUUAUUUUAUACUUUUGGAUAGUAGAAAAUAUUUUUCAAUUUUGCAGGAACUAUAGUAUUUGAGCAACUUUAUUGUGAUGGCAAGAAAAAGAUAGAGAAAUUCCAGUCAAGAAAUGCUUCUGCCUGAUUUUUCGGAGCAACAAGAAGAACAAAUGGGAGGUGCGGCAAUGCCUCAACCACCUCAAAACUGGACACAAAAUGAAGGACAAGCUAUCUGAUCUGGAAAAUACUGAUGCUACUGAGGAUAUGAGACUUAUGUUGAUGAUAUCGGUUGGAUCUAAAUGGAAAGAAUGGAAGCAUGAAGCAAAAAUAAUCGGUUAUGAGCCAUAUAACAACGAUAUUGAACGCUUAGCUAAACGUCCAGAUAAGGUAGAAGAAGACCAGUGGCGUGCAUUAGUUCAUUAUUGGAGCUCUAAUGAAGCAAAGGAAAAAAGUGAGAGGAACAAAGAAAGUCGAAGGAAGUUGAGUAUGCCACACACAUCAGGAAGAAAAAGUCAUUCUCAAAUUAUAGAUAAUAUGACAAAGAAGAAUGGUGUAAAACCAAGUCGUAUUGAGGUGUUCAAAGAAACACAUACGAGAAAGAAUAAACAACCAGUAAAUGAGAUAGCUGAUGAAACUAUGAAAGAAAUGGAUGAACUUGCUAAGGUGUAUCCUGAGUUAAAUGUCCGUGGAAGUGCUCCCAAUGAUGUGUAUGCACAGGUUAUGGGACCAGGCACUCAUGGAAAUGUUCGAACUCUAGGAAAAAGAGCAGCUUCAAGUUUUGUUUAUGGCCCUGCAUAUAAACGAUCCCAGGCUGAGCAAAGAGAAUUUGAUAGAAGGGUUGAGAUAGAAGUUAAAAAAACAACCUCCGCCAUAAGAAUUGAGAUGGAAGAAAAAUUGUCUUAAGCAAAAGAAGAAAUAGAAGCGAAGGAGAAAAAGUUAUUUGAAGCAAAAGAAGAAAUAAAAGAGAUGGGGGGAAAAUAUUUGAAGCAACAAAGGAUAUGGAAGCAAAAAUAGACGAGAAAGUAAAGUUGGGUAUAGGUGCAUAUCUAGAGUCUUUGGGUAUUACUAUUGGCUCAAAUAGGAAAUUAUUUGGUAAUGAGCAGGUUUCUGAUAACUCAAUGGACGAUCACCAAUAAUCACUAUCACCUGUUUUCGUUGUUCACACAAAGAAGGUUAGCAUAAUCAAGAAGACUGGAGUUAGUGAAGUUAGUGAAGUUGGCACAAAGAAAAAGAAGUGGGUAAGUUUGAAAAAAAUACAAGAUUCUUGUUCUUCCUUUUCAAAGGGAGAAACCCUUCAUGUUAUAGUUUGCAAAACUUAUAUAACAUUCAUUAGUUUUCAACUCACUAUAUCAUUUACAGAAACUAAUAUUUCAAAAUUCAACCCUCCCCUCUCACAUC